ACUCUCCUUCUCCUAUAUAUACACCAGCCGUUUACCCUAUUAAUGUUUUAAGCCUGAUCUACUUCUUGAUUUCUUCUCUGUGCAUCUUCCUCCAUAGUAGAUUUCUUCACCUUUUGCGAUUUCUUUCUUUCUUGGAAUUGAGGCGAUAUAUGGCCCGUACGAAGCAAACUGCUCGUAAAUCAACCGGUGGAAAGGCUCCGAGGAAGCAACUUGCCACAAAGGCUGCGAGAAAAUCAGCCCCAACGACCGGUGGAGUCAAGAAGCCUCACCGUUUCCGCCCUGGAACUGUCGCCCUUCGUGAAAUCCGAAAAUACCAGAAGAGCACUGAUCUUCUCAUUCGCAAGUUGCCCUUCCAACGCCUUGUCCGUGAAAUUGCUCAGGAUUUUAAGAGUGAUUUGAGGUUCCAGAGUCAUGCUGUGCUUGCGCUUCAGGAGGCUGCUGAAGCUUACCUUGUGGGUCUCUUUGAGGACACAAACUUGUGUGCCAUUCAUGCCAAGAGGGUGACAAUCAUGCCCAAGGACAUCCAGCUUGCGAGGCGUAUUCGUGGGGAGCGUGCUUAGUAUAUCAUAGUUAGUUCUUGAUUUCUCCGUACAGAAACCUUAUACAAUUUGUUACUGUUUUGUGAAUAUCUUUUUUUCUAAUUCAGGUAUUUUCAUUGAUGACUAUUCCAAUCGUACUUGUUAUAUGCUUGUGUUGUCGUUUGAUUAUUGUUGGAUGGGUUGUUUUUUGAUUUCUCUUAAUAUGUGUUGUGCUUUGUCGAACGAGGAUAACUGAAAAGAAU